AGCCAGCCGCACAGUGACCGCCGCCGACGUCGAACGGUCGACAGUCCGUUUUUCGUGCCGACGAGUGUUCGUGCUCCGCCGGACGCAUUCGGAGCCCGAAGACGGUGUUUUGGAGUGAACGAAACGAUCGACGACAGUCCGCCGACGAUAAUAAUUACUCAAAUAUCGUUGCCGGUCUCACGCGUGGUAUUAUUAUCAUUCAUUUAGUGUGUUGAUGUUGAGGCGUUGAGCUCGUACCGUGUUAUACCUGGUCACGACAGAUAAAAAAUAACCGGCGAAAUUACAAUUCGUACGAUUCGCGUGAGCUAGCAUUGUAGUAAUUAUUAUUAUUAUCGGAAAUAAUAAUAAUAAUAAUAACAUUAACAACAAUAAUAAAAACAAUAACAAUAUUGUAUGAUAUACUUACGUGAAAAAAAUAAACCUACUACAACGACACAGUAAUCAUGUCAAGAAAUUCAUCAACUCCUACAGAAUACUUGUUCAAGAUUUUAGUCAUCGGUGAGCUUGGUACCGGUAAAACUUCCAUAAUCAAACGUUACGUGCACAAGUUCUUCUCGCAACACUAUCGUGCUACAAUCGGUGUAGAUUUCGCGUUGAAAUCGCUUGAAUGGGAUUCCAAUACCGUCGUCCGGCUACAACUAUGGGAUAUAGCCGGUCAGGAAAGAUUCGGGAACAUGACCCGAGUAUAUUAUAAAGACGCACUUGGAGCAUUCGUAGUUUUUGACGUCACGCGACCAGCCACAUUUGACGCAGUCGCCAAGUGGAAACAAGACUUGGAUGCAAAAGUUUCGUUGGAAGACGGAAGUCCAAUACCAUGCGUUUUACUUGCGAAUAAAUGUGAUGAAACUAAAGAAGGUAUGGUGAAUAGUGUGGCUAAGAUGGACGAAUUUUGCAAAGAAAAUAUGUUCACCGCAUGGUACGAGACGUCAGCUAAAGAAAAUGUUCACAUUGAUGACGCGGCCAAGACACUCGUGUCUCAGAUUUUGAAAUACACUGCUCAAAAUAAACCAACAUACUUAAAAACAAAGGGUCAAAUAAUAUUAAACAAUGCCCAAAAUGAUACGCAAAAGAGUUGCUCCUGUUGAUUGAAAUUGGAUGAACUUAGUUAAUCAUCGUUUAUUUGUUUAAAUUAUUAUACACUAUAGUACAAAUCGUUUUUUUCUCAGUGUAUUAUGUCAAUUAUUAUGAAUAUUAGUGCCUCAAUAAUAUAUUAAACUAAAGGCACCUAUUUUAAUAUUAUUUUAUAAGUAAGAAGCAAAUGAAACACCAUAGAUAUUAGUGCAUUACAUAAUAGAACAAAAUGCAAUAAUUGCUGAUAAAGCCAACAUUUUGUUUCUAACUAACAAAAACUAUAUCAUAAUCCACAAAUGUUUACAUAAUAUUUUGGCCUAAUAUAUUUUGAUGUAAUAUUAGGCAUGUACUUAUUUAUAAUGUAUACAUAUACCUAUUACUUGUAAAUAUGGUAAAGUUAUCUCUAACUUUGCUGUUUUUGUUCAAUAUGUAAAAUAUGUGCCUUAUUUAACCAAAUUUAUCAUUU